AUGUGCGAAUCAGAGAACAUGAUGACAAAAUCCGAUUUAACGGGUUCGAAAGACAUUUUCCGUGUAGGCGUGCGCGUUCCGCCAUUUUGGCCUGAAAAACCCGCGAUUUGGUUCGCACAAAUAGAAGGCCAAUUCGCAAUAUCGAACAUUACGGCGGACACAACAAAGUUUUUCUACGUCGUCAGCCACCUCGAUCCAAGAUAUGCAUCCGAGGUGGAGGAUAUCAUAGUGAGCCCACCAGCGGACGAUAAAUACGGCCGACUCAAGACGGAGUUGAUUAAGCGGCUCUCGGAAUCCAGGGAGAAGAAAGUACACCAACUCCUCACCCAUGAGGAAUUAGGCGAUCGGAAGCCAUCGCAGUUCCUCAGGCACCUACAACACCUCGCCGGUCCUAAGGUACCCGACGAGUUUUUGCGGACAAUUUGGUCCAGCCGGCUACCGAGCAACAUCCAAUCAAUAUAG